AUGAAAAUAAUUAAUUUCAUAUCAAAGCUUCAAAAAUCAAUCUAUUUAUUUUUAUAAUUAGAUUGUGUUAUAUUUGUUAAUGUUGGGAGAGAUGAAAAUCUCUAUUAGAAAUUUUAUUAUGUCAAAUAAAUCUUCUAAUUUGAUAAAUAAUAGAAGGAAAGAGAAAUAGAAUUAAUAGAAAGCUAGAGAGAAAUUAUAAGGAUAUAAUUUAGAAUUACUAGAGAAUUAUUCUAGUUAUUUUGGAUGAUAUUUUUAUAAUAAUUUCGAAAACAAAAAGUAUAAAACCACAAAAUAUGAUUGGGCUGAAGUUGAUUUUAAAAAAAAAAGAUUAUUGGUAUCAUUUAUUUGAAAUUAUUGGUACAAAGAAUAUUGAAUGUAUUAAUUUGGGUAACUGAAAAACUUAUAAAAUUGAAUAAGAAUAAAAUUGGGUGUUUAGAUAGAAUGGUAAGGAUGUAAAUUAGACAAUUUAGAGUAAUAGAGGAGUUUGUUUAUGUAAAAAAUUGUUAAUAAGGGGAUCAUAAACUUAUUUUAGAUAAGUUCUAGAAGACAUUAGAAGAAUAAAGAGAAGUGUAUGUUUUGAAUUUUUUGAGUUCUAAAGAAGGCAGUUUUUAUUUUGGGUUAAGAAAGUUGGUAAGAAGAGAUUUUAAACUUAGUUGUAUAAGCCAAAUGAAAUAAUCAAUGAAAAGUUGA